AUGGAUGCUGCGAUUGUCAACCUUCUGGUUGCCAUCGCCCACAACAUCUACGUCGCCGCUUGCCGAGUCGUCUUCGGAUCCUACAAGUUCUGGAUGCUCUCCUGCGUGCGAGCAGAAGUCGCCUUGAGCGUCUUGAAGUUGGCAGGCUCCCUGCUGGUGCUUGUUUUCGUGGUCUUGGAGGAAGAGGGCGGAUACUCGUUCCAAAGAUAUUCGCUGCACUGGCUGCUCUUUGCGACUGCUCUGAUUCUUCCCAGGUCUUCUUUGAUUCUUCACUGCUGGCUCGCCUGUCAAAGACUGGCACGGCGAACAGUGUCGCAGAAUCGGAGACGCUAUUCUUACAACGGUUUUGAUCUGGACCUGAGCUACAUCACCGAGCGAAUCCUGGCUAUGGGCUUCCCCGCCAAGGAUCUGGAGGCAAAGUUUCGGAACCCCCUUUCCGAGGUCCGAAGGUUCCUGAACCAGCAGCAUCCGAAUCACCGGGUGUAUAACCUUUGCCGCGAGCCUGACAGAAGGUAUGAUGAGAGCAGCUUCAAAGAAGUCUCGACCAGGGUGUGCUUCUACGACCACACGCCUUGCCCUCUGGAGCAGCUGCUUGAGCUUGUCGAAGACCAGCACAGGUAUUUGGCUUCAGAUGCAAGCAACGUCGUGGCAAUCCAUUGCAAGGCGGGUAAAGGCCGAACGGGCCUCGUAUGCGCAAGCCUGCUGCUGAGAGAAGGCCUUGUGGAGACUGCCGGCGAGGCUCUCUCCACCUAUGCUGACCGCCGGACUCACAACCAGAAGGGUGUGACCAUCCCGAGCCAGAUACGGUAUGUGCACUACUACGAACAGUGCCUUCGGGAGCGAGCUCUGCGGAAGCAGACUUGUUCUCUGGAAAGUGUGUGUUUGGAGAACGUCGCCUCGCUGGCGACAUUCGGCAGAUGCUCUUUGCAGGUGCAGGUGAAGGAUGCAGACCGCGCCUUGCUGCUGGAGUCGGCCUGGGUGCACGUUCCAGACACAGAAGAGGAGGACACGGACUCGGAGCUCGAGUCCAGCCACCUUCAGGAGAGCGCGCUGGUGUUGGAACUUGGGCAGCAGGAACUCCCGACUGACCUGCAGGUCGUCCUGAGAAUUUCUCGGGAGGAGUUCUGCAGCUUCGGUGAAGCCAUCAAGGUGCUCUGCUCCUUUUGGCUGAACACCGGGUACGUCACACGCGAGAUGCGCCUGCGGGCGUCCGAUCUGGACCUCCAGAAGUACUGGAAAAAGUCGCCCAUCUUCGACGCUGAUUUCUGCGUGGUUUGCUGCUUCCAGUGCAGCAAUCUGACGCAGGCCAAAGUUCCUUUCUACGAAGUUACAGAGGAAGAGUUCGAGAGGCUCUGGCUGUCGGGCGCCGUCGAUGGGGCCAGCGAGGUAGAGGAUGAGGUCUAUGAGAUUUCAGAGGAGGACUUUGACCGCUUGCUUAAGGCAGGGCAGCUACAGCUUGCUCGCCUCGAGGCCAUGGACAACGAUGCCUCGGCGCUAGACCACCUGGCGCUCUCUUCACUCCCCAUGCCGCUGGCAGUCAAACCGCUCCUCGCCUGGAUUAAGGACACCGCCCUUGACUGCGCCAUCAGUUCCAGUGAGGCGAAGAAGGCAGGAAACUGCCGAGGGCCUUGGGAGAGGCGUGGACUUGUGGUUGGAAGGUGCUCUUCGAAGUUUGGGGAGCCGAGUGUUGGAGUGGAAGGCUUCUUCGAAGCCUCCGAGCUCGGAGCUGAUCUUGAGGCCAGCAUCUCCGGCUCCGUCGUGCCACUCACCGAAGCGGAGGAGGAGGGUGAAACUCGGGUCGCACGACGUCUUCCAGCAAACGGUCGCUUGCCGCGCAUUUCCCUUCCCAACACAUGGGAGGCUCUGCGAAAGAGUAGCAGCUGCGUUUCCGGGACCGAUGCCGGAGGGGAGAGCGACCUGUCCUCACCAUCGCCUGCCCCUGGGCUGAGAACGCAGAAAAAGGGGGGAGGGCCUGGCUCUUUCAGAAGGCAUGAGCGACUCCAAUCCAGUUGA